AUGGUGAAGUUUAGGAAUUACGCACUUGAUUUAGGAUAUCCAAUCUACGGAGCAAAGUUUGUCAGCGACAAGAUUUUGGUUGUUGCAGGAGGCGGAGGAGAGGGAAACAAUGGAAUUCCCAAUAAAAUUACAGCCCUUUUGAUUCAGCCACAGAACUCCAAGAAGCCCAUCAAACGGUACAGAGAACUGGUCCUGAAUGAACAAGAGGAUUGCCCGAUGUCCCUAGAUGCAAAUAAUAAUCAGAUCUUAGUUGGAAUCAAUGAAAAUUCAGAGUCAAUUAGGCGAGGAGUUAACAAACAUCUGAGGAAGUUUAAAUAUCAUAAUGAUCACUUGAAGUUUGUCGAGAGUUGUCAAAUUCAUCCAGGAAAUAAUCCUCAGCAUUACCAAAAACUGACUAAAAUGACUAAGGAUGCUACACUGGGCGUUAUCGCGAUGAGCGAUGAACCCUCAUCUCUAUAUAUUGUGGAUAUGUCGGGCGAUCUUGAGGAAAAAUUCAAAAUUGUGACUGUUGGCGAUGUGAAAGACAUCAGCAUUUCUCCUGACGGCAAAAUGAUGUGUUACAUUACAUCGAGCCAUUUUGAAGCAAUAUCGACGGUGACUGGGAGGUCUAUUUUCAAGAGUAAGAUUAAUUUUUGGAUGUCAAAGAUUGAAUUUUAUGAUAACAAUAUGGUUAUAAUAGCAGGGUCUAGCAAAACUGGAGUGAUGGUCGGGAAAUUUUCGAUUGCGAAAUCUGCAGUGACGAAAACUACUCUUCUAGCGAAAGCUUUAAAAGGAGUAACCUCAUUGGACACUAAUAGUCAAUGCGGUUUGAUUGCUUUGGGAGGAUCUGAUUGUUCGGUCUUGCUGGUUAGAUCGCAUGAUCUGAAGUUGCUGAAGAAGCUUGAUAAAGUGCAUGGUUUUGCAAUUACGAGGGUUGUUUUCUCUGAAAAUGGUGAGUACCUUGCAUCGGUAUCAGCGGCAAAUACCGUGAAUAUCAUAGAGCUACCCUCAAAGCUUGUUGAGUUGAAACCGUUGUACUUAUCACUGUUUCAGGUUCUGUCCUCAAUUAUAGUUGCAUGUUUGAUAGCAUUUGCUCUGCAAUACCUCCAUGUCAACGGAUACAUCCACCAAAUACAGACGAAAGCAGUUGAAUACUAUAGGUCCAAACAAUUAACGGACUCGUCACACUAUUUCACAAUCCAACCGAUUGCUUCAAGUGAAGUGUUCCCUAAGGGACCGCUUUCCACUACCAUAUGCAUGCCUAGCUCUUCCUAUGUAUCCAAUUUGCCUACGGAUAACUGGACAGAAGAAGCGCAUAGAAUCAGUGAACCACAGGAUAUGGAGACUAGUGAGUAUACAUUUCUGAAACCAGUUAAAACGCUCGCAAACAAUAUGCAAAACGUUUGUAGCAGUGUUACAAGGUCCUUGGAAACUAACGGCCACGAGAAGCAGAUAUCGUUGAAGACUGAACCUGAAAUAUCUGGGUAUCAGAACAUGGAUUUCCUUACGACGUCUGGAGAAAGUGAAUCAGAAGUUAAGAAAAGUACGAAGACACUGACAGUUGUUGAAACUGUCUUAGAGACCCAAACUUCUAUUAUUAGAAGCACUCAAAUAUCGACCUCAAUUGCGACUGUCUUAACUACUGAUGUGCAAAGUAUAACUGAAAUCGUCUAUCUGACUCCGGACUUGAAUGAUCUUUCCAUCAAUGUUUCGAAUUCAGUGCUUUCAACCAAAUCAAAACCGAGAAACUGGGACUCAAUUGUAUCCGAUUCCUAUGUGAAUUCAGAUUUGAGGAAUGCAGUCUCUGACGGGGAAGGAGAGCUGUCGUCUCCAUCAUCAAAUAUUGAUCCCAAUAUUUACUCGACGGAGAGUAUGAGUUUGACGAGUGUUCAAGAUGCACCUCAGACAUCAAAACAUGGAACAGAAGAAUUUUCUCACGAUCCUUUUCCAUCAUUCCAUAAGGGAAUCAAUAGGAACGAAGGAAACUCGGAAGAGAGAUUGGUUACUUCCAUAUCUGAUGAACAUUUUGACGAUCCAAAGAUACAGUUGGAUAAUCCUGGACCACAAACGGAUUCUGUUCAGUCGAAUCUCCAGACUCUGAAUCUCGUUCUCAGAGAAGGACAGGGCAUCGGAUACCAAAAUAGAACUCCAUCCGUCAUCAAUGAUUAUGCUACGAGCAUGACUCAUGAAGGAAUUAUGAUAGUCAGACUAACCAGUUCGAUGGCUCCGGAAAUAACUGCAGAUGUGAAACAUUUUGCAAAUUCUGCGAUUAGUAAAACCGAAGACUAUCAAGAGUCUUCGCAAGAGCCUGAAAAACUAGUUUUAUUACUUGCUACACAAACGAAAACGCUAGAUAUUGGCGGAGGACGUCAGACAGAACUGGAAUUAUCUAAGAAACCCUACACGCUACAUUCAGUUUUACCUAAGGCUCUCGAAAACGAGGAUAUAAUAUCGAAUGAUUUCCAAACCUGA